AUGAGGCACGUCGCGAUGCGUAUCCACGCGGCCAAGGCGCCCCUGGUGGUUGCCGCGCCGCGCGAGCUCUCGCUCUCUGUGCCCGAGCCUGCCGAGGCUGCGGCGGCGCGCCGACUGCUCCGCCGCCCUCCCGCGGGCUGCCCUCGCCUCGAGGCGUCUCGAGGUCUCGAGGGGUCGGGCGGGGGAGCGGGGCCGGUUCUGGCGGAGGACGACCCGCGCACUGUCUACCUCGUCGCCGGCGAGGCUCGCAACGCGUCGCUCCACGUCUUUGCGCACGACCCGCUCGUCAGUGCGGACGGCGUCCCCGCGUCCGAGCGGCUCCUGCUCAACGGCUCGGCGCCGCUGCCGCUGCUGCCGCACUCCGCACAGACGUGCGGCCGCUCCGACAGGCACCUCGUUCCGACUCUCUCCCUCGGCGGCGGCUGCUCCGCCGCGGGCGAGCCUCUCCCGCCCGCUGCCGACGAGCUUGCCGCCGCGCCCCUCGCUGCAAGGGCGGCGCCAGGCAAUGCGGUGGCUCUGGCGGCUGUCGACCUUGCGGGCGGCGGGGAGGCGUGCAGCAGCGCCUUCGACGGGUGCCUUGUGGGCGGCGCUCCGCCAGGCGAGGGCAGUAGCGCUCCCGCCAUCCCAACCUGCCAGUGCGUCCGCUUGCGCGCCUCCUCUGUCGGACUCGCUUCGCUCGACGCGCGGCUCGGCGCGGCGCCCGACGGCUCGUGGGGCGAGCAGCGCGCGUGCGUCCCUCUCGUCGUGCUGCCUCCUCUCGCCGAGGCUACCCUCGUCUACCCCUGGCUCUGCGCUGCGCACGCCGAGGCGCAUCCGCUGCCGCUGCCCUCCGUGUCCGGGGGGUCCGGCUGCGUCAGCUGGCGGGUCGAGCAGGCUGGACCUCAGAGCGCGGCGGCGGUGGCGAGCGAUCGCUACCUCUCGGACGUCCUCCAGCGGUCGGUCGCUCUCUCGUCGCACGUUCCCCCGCCCGAGGCGGCGGUACGACUCUGCGCGCCGGCCGAGACGGCGCGCAAGGGCGACCCCUCCCUUCCGGCGGAGCACCUCGAGUUUUCGAACCUGCCAUCCGCGCUGGUCCGCGCCGCUGCGGGCGACGACUCCUCCCUCCGCCCCCGCAUCGACGCGACGACGAGGCUGCUCGCGGUCGAGUUCGUGGGAGGGAGGCUGGAAGGGGGGCGGGUCGUGCCGGGGGCGCGGCCACACUCGCUCGUCGUCGCGCUGCGGUGCCACGCGCCGCACGAGCAGCGCGUGCGCGUGCACCACGCGCCAUCCAACUUCUCCCUCUCCUUCUCCGUCGCCUGCUCGCCGCCUCUCCGCCCGGUGCAGCACGCGUGCGAGCACGACGCCGUCCGCGGCGCCGAGCAGCGGGGCCGCUGCCCCGUCCCCCUCUCCCUCGGCUCCAACGGCUCCUUCCGGCUGCGGGGCCUCUGGCCCGGCGCGGGCGUGGCGGCGGAGGAGCUGCCGCCCGAGGAAGCCCCCGCCGCAGCGCUGGCAGACCUCUCCACCGCCGACGUCUCGCCCCCGUGCGGCGGCGACGGCGCCUGCGAGGGUGAGUGGGAGGUCGCCGUCCGCGGCAGUAAGCUCGGCCCGGCGCGGGUCGCCUUCUCGGUCGCCGGCCACCCGUCGUGUGCGUCGCUGCCCGUGGCUGUCCGCGUCAGGCACGCGGGCUUCGUGGCCGCUUGCCCUUCCUCGCAGCUCGCACUCGGCGCCUCGAUGCGGUGCCACGCGCUCCCCGCCGCCGUCGCCGAGAGCGGCGCCGCGACCGACCCGGCCGCCACCGCGCGCAUGCUCGACGGCGCGACCUUCGAGUGGCGGACCGAGGGCGGGCUCGCGGUCGUCGAGCCCCCCGCCGCAGCCAGCGCCAGCCGCGAGGCGCCUCGGCUCGGAGAGGCGCAGGGCACUGCUGCGCGCGAGAGCGCCGCGUCGGUGGUGGUGACUGGCAUCGCGACAGGCCGCGCCUCGCUCCGGCUGCGCGCCUCGUCCGCCCCCGACGAGUACACGGACUCGCUCGCCGUGCUCGUGCGCCCGCGGCUGCGGCUGGCGACGCCCCCGGAGCUGCAGGCGGCGCACGCGGACCCGCCCGUCGUGCCUCCGAAUGCGACCGUCCAGCUCGAGGCUGAGCCGUCCGCCGACGCCGAGGCGCGCCGCUGGCAUGAGACCAGAUCAUCAUGUCUCAGAUGUCACACCGAGGCGCCUUAA